AUGAGCGGCAAUGGAAGGGGCAAGAAGUUUGAAAUCGAUGAAGAGAUGGAAAAGGAACUCUUCGGUGAUUGGGGGGACAACCAGGAUCAAGAGGAGGAGGAAGGCGAGGACCUGUUCGACGACGGCCUUUUGACCAAAGACUACGAAUACAAGCCGCACCUGGACAAGUACGAUGAAGACAUUCUCGACGAGGCAAAGUACGAGCCGAUGCCCGCGGCCACUCGCCACGAAGCCGAGCUGGCCAUGAACAAGCGUGACCGAGGGACCUCGGACAGCCUCUUCACCGGCGGCGCGGGCUCGCGCAAGCGACCACACUCGGACCUCUCCUCUGCGCGCAUGCCCGCAAUGCUGCACGACGACGGAGACGACGACGAUGACGACAACAACGACGAAGAGUGGAGCCGUAUGACCACGCGACGUAAUCUGCUCGAGCAAGCGGCCACCGGUGCCAUCAACCCGCAGGCCAUCGAGGAUCAGGUUCGGCUCUCGGUCCUCCUCCCUCUGCUCCAAGAGAUCAUGUAUGACAUGUCUGACAUGGCUCAAAACACAAAGCUGAACGACAUUGCCGAGAUCGAGAAGAAGGGACCCGUCCGCGAGUGGGUGCAGAUGGAGGCCCCGCGGCGGCACAUCGCUAAGAAGUUCCACAGCUUCCUGUCUUCGUUCGUGGACGACAAAGGAAACGCGAUCUACACCCGCCGUAUCUCGGAGAUGUGCGCAGCGAACAAGGAGAGUCUGUUCGUGGGGUUCCCGCACUUGAGCAAGGCCAUCCCCAACGUGGCCAUGUACCUGGCAGACGCUCCCGCAGAGGUGCUCGCCAUAUUCAAAGAGGUGGCGCUUGAGGUGGUGCUGGCCAUCUUCCCCGAGUACAAGCGAAUCCACGGCGAGGUCCACGUCAGGAUCACAGACCUGCCGAUCCAGGACUCCCUGCGCGACCUGCGCCAGCACCACCUGAACUCCCUGAUCCGCGUCGCCGGCGUGGUGACCCGGCGCACGGGCGUCUUCCCCCAGCUUAAGUACGCCAAGUACGACUGCGGCAAGUGCGGCGCCGUCCUGGGACCCUUCUUCCAGGGCACCACCACCGAGAUCAAGGUGCAGAGGUGUACGGAGUGCGAGAGCAAGGGGCCGUUCACGAUCAACACGGAGCAGACGGCCUACCGGAACUACCAGAAGAUCACACUCCAGGAGAGCCCGGGCACGGUGCCGGCCGGCCGGCUCCCGCGCACGAAGGACGUGAUCCUCCUGGCCGACAUGAUCGACUGCGCGUCGCCCGGCGAGGAGAUCGAGGUGAUCGGCGUCUAUCGCAACAACUUCGACGCCUCGCUCAACACCAAGAACGGCUUCCCCGUCUUCGCCACCAUCAUCGAGGCCAACUGUGUUACCAAGAAGGAGGACCUCUACGCGUCGUUCCUGCUGACGCCCGAAGACCAGGCCGAGAUCAUCAAGCUGUCCAAGGACCCUCGCAUCGGCGAGCGGAUCAUCGCGUCCAUCGCGCCUUCCAUCUAUGGCCACGAGGACGUCAAAACGGCCCUGGCCCUGGCCCUCUUUGGCGGCGAGUGUAAGGAGUUCGACAAGCAGAAGCAUCGGGUGCGUGGCGACAUCAACGUGCUGCUGGUGGGCGACCCCGGUACGGCCAAGUCGCAGUUCCUCAAGUACGCCGAGAAGACCGCGCACAGAGCUGUCUACACAACGGGCCAGGGCGCCUCCGCCGUGGGUCUCACGGCGGCGGUGUGCAAGGACCCCAUCACGGGCGAAUGGAUCCUCGAGGGCGGCGCCCUCGUGCUGGCCGACAAGGGCGUGUGCAUGAUCGACGAGUUCGACAAGAUGACCGACAAGGACAGGACGUCCAUUCACGAGGCCAUGGAGCAGCAGUCCAUUUCGAUCUCCAAGGCCGGCAUCGUCACGACGCUCCUGGCCCGCUGCACCAUCAUCGCCGCAGCCAACCCCAUCGGCGGCCGCUACCGGCCUGCGCUUUCCUUUGCCCAGAACGUCGAGCUCACCGAGCCCAUCAUGUCCCGCUUCGACAUCCUCUGCGUGGUGCGUGACACGGUGGACCCGAUCGUGGACGAGGCCCUGGCCGAGUUCGUGGUGGGGAGCCACAUGAACUCCCACCCGCACAGCGAGCGCCGCGAGACCACACACAACAACAAGAACGAGGACGGCUUCGCGCUGUCGCAGGAGCUGCUGCGGAAGUACAUCACCUACGCGCGGAGCAGGUGCCACCCCAAGCUGCGCAACAUCGACCGCGACAAGGUGGAGAACCUCUACGCUCAGCUCCGUACCGAGUCGCUGGUGGGCGGCGUGUGCAUGACCGUGCGUCACUUGGAGUCGAUGCUGCGUAUGUCGGAGGCCCACGCCAAGAUGCACCUGCGGGACUACGUGAACGACGACGAUGUGAAUGUGGCCAUCCGGGUGAUGCUGGAGAGCUUCAUCUCAUCGCAGAAGUUUGCCAUCUCCCGCUCCAUGAAGAAGAAAUUCCGCGGCUACAUCAGCUUCAAGCGGGACAACGAGGAGCUCCUGCUGCACCUGCUCCAGACCAUGGUGCGCGAGCGAUCGCUCCACGGGAACAAGAAGCGCGAGGAGGUCAACUGUUCGGCCUUCGAGACUCGGGCGCGAGAGAUGGACCUGGGCACGACGGUGCACCACUUCUACCAGACGCCCCUCUUCACCAAGAACGGCUUCGUGCGAAAUCCCGACCGCAACGUCAUCACCUGGGGCACCGCCUGA